CAAGCAAGUUUGGAACUUCACAAGAGGGGAGAAGAAUGUCUCUAUAUGUUUGAAAGCUGCUGCUCCUCUCAUGGUUGUCUUAAGAUUAGUGGACUGAGAUGUAAAACCUGCAAUGGGUUUCAUUUAUGAAGAGAUAGACUGUGCAAAAGAGAAGAUUAGGUUUAACUUUAACAAUAUCAAAAAGAGGUAAAUUUUCAAACUUUUACUCAUUCAAUGUUUAAUUACUUAUGUGUUAGAUUAUUUCUGAUAUAGCAUGAUUGAUGUAGUUAUGAAGAGGUUUGGAGAAUAAUUGAUGCUCGAUGGGAUAAUCAACUUCAUAGGCCUUUGCAUGCAGCUGCCUAUUUUCUAAACCCUCAUUUCCACUAUGAACCUAACUUUAGAUCUGAUGAUGGUGGAGAGGUGAAAGAAGGAUUGUAUUUUUGCAUGAGAAGAUUGAUACCAGAUAUGGCAUAAAGAAGAAAAAUUAAUUUACAAAUUGUUGAAUUUCAUAAUGCUAGAGGCCUGUUUGGAAUGGAAGAUGCAAAAGAGUGUAGGAAAGAGUUAAAUCCUGGGGAAUGGUGGGACAUGUUUGGUGAUGGAACUCCAGAGUUGAAGAGAUUUGCUAUUCGAAUUCUAAGCUUGACUUGUAGUUCUUCUGGAUGUGAGCGUAAUUGGAGUUCAUUUGAAAUGGUUCAUACAAAGGUUCAAACGGGAGAAGUACGCCAUGCUAAUGUGCCUUGGAUGAUCCACAUCUCAGGGUUAGGCGCCGAUGAGCACAUUAAACUAUCCAUGUGGCUGAGAGCCCUCACAGUCCAGGCACAACGACGCAAUUAUCAGGGGCGCGCUCUACCACUGAGCUAAUAGCCCGUCGUGCGGGCCUCCCGCCGGGGCCCGCUAUGCCAAAAGCAAGAGAAACCCCAUCCCUAUCUUUCCUUUUUUCACCCCCAUCUCGUUUACAUCAAAAAAAGAUGAAUGAUUUAGUUUAUGUGAUGUAUAACUCCAAGCUGAAAAGUAGACAGAUUCGAAAAACUAUAGCUCUUCCAUUUGAUGACAUAGAAUCAGAUGAUGAAUGGAUAGCUAAGAGACAGAUGAUAUUGUUGAGAUUGAUCAAGUUGAAGGUGAAAAUGAUAGUGAAAAUGUUCACUUAGAUGGAGCAACAACAGAUCCUGUUUUAGAUGCUCUUGAUCUUGAUAACAUAACAUUUGAGAACAAUGAGGAUGCACAAGCACAACGUUCAUUAGAGGAAGAGUUAGAUGAUGAUGAUGAUGGAGAUGAUGAUGCCAUUAUUAGAGGAUUAGAGGAUUAGACAUAGAGACUUUGACAUUUCAAUUUAUAUUUUACAUUAUAUCUUUAUGAACAAUAUUUCUAUGAACUUAUGUAUUUCAAUUUAUAUAAUUUUGUUAUCUUAUUUGAAUUAGAAUGUUAUUUAUAUUUUUUUCAUAC